AUGGACCAAACUCUACAUUUCAUUCUUGUUCUCAUUGCUCUCUGCUCUGUAUCUGAAUGUGUUCAGCGUCAGUAUUACUUUAUUAAUGUGUUAAAGACCUGGACUCAAGCUCAGAGAUUCUGCAGAGAGACAUACACAGAUCUGGCAACGGUUGACAGCAUGAAUGACAUGAACGAGCUGAAGAAGAGUGUGAAUGACGGAGGUGUUGAGUAUGUCUGGAUUGGGCUGCAAAAGACGGGUCUUGAUAAAUGGCAGUGGUCUUCAGGUGAACCUGCGCUUUAUCUGAACUGGGCUACUGGACAACCUGAAGGCAGAGAUGAUUGUGGAAUGAUGUGGAAUGGAAAAUGGGAGGAUUUGUCAUGUAGUGAUAAUCGUCAUUCCAUCUGCAACAACACGAACACAGCACCCAUAUUCAUCAAUCAGACAAUGAAUUGGAGAGAUGCUCAGAUAUACUGCAGACAGAAUCACAUUGAUCUGGUCAGUGUGAGAAACCAGAAUGAAAAUGAACAGAUUCAGAAGAUCAUUAGUGAUAAUCAUUUAUCUAAACCAUGGGUCUGGAUCGGUCUGUUCAGAGACUCAUGGCAGUGGUCAGAUCAGAGUAACUCCUCAUUCACAUACUGGAAGUCUGGUGAACCAAAUGGUAGAAAUAAUGAGAACUGUACAGUGACAGAACCAAAAUCUCAGGGAGAAUGGUUAGACAUGACUUGCACCAGCCCAUUUCCUUUUGUGUGUCAUGAAGAUAAACUGAUUGUGAUCGAAGAGAAUUUGACAUGGUCUAAAGCUCUGAGAUACUGCAGACAGAAUCAUAUGGAUCUGGUAUCGGUUCAUUCAGAAGAAAUUCAGCGUCGUGUGAUGAAUGUGGUUAAACGGUCAUCUACUGCGGCAGUGUGGCUGGGUUUACGUCACUCCUGCACUGUGGGCAUAUGGUUCUGGGUGAAUGGAGAGACCGUGUGCUAUCAGAACUGGGCUCCAGGGAAUGGUACAGAAGAGGAAGAUUGUGAGAAUACAGUGAGAUCUGGAGCAGUUCAGGCUGGAAAAGAUCAGCUCUGGAUUAGCCUGCCUGAAACAGAUGAGCUCAACUUCAUCUGCAGCAGAUAUUAG